AUGGGGACGGUUCCCCAUCCCCCGUCCUUGAUUCCCCGCAGGGCCGCGGCCCAACUGCAGCCGAGGCUGCCGGCCCAGGCACGGGAGUGGAGCAGGCCAGGUGGCCUGUCUAGGAGACCAGGACAGCGGCGAUGGACAGAUCCUCGUGCACUACCGCUACACCCGAUUCUCGAGACCCGGAGUCGGGGGCACGGCGUCGUCGUCUGCAGCGGAUCGAAGCUGCACCGCAUCCGAUUCCUAGUCCCCUCCCCCGCCGCCGACCCGGUGAGCUCGCUGCGUCUGGCCGGCGCCUCCCUGGCCUAUCUGAUCUACCCCAGCUGCUUCUACGAGCAGCUCCAGGCUGUGUGGUCGAGCCUGGUCGCGGCGGCGCCGGUGACUGUCCCGCCGCGGGCCACGCACGUCGAGGUGACCAUUGACGUGGGCAUCCUCCGGCCCGAGGACCGUACCGGAUGGCGCACAUGCUCGCGGCAAUGCCGGCGGUGGCGCCAUGGAGCUGCACCUUCCGGCGCCGGUGCGCGCUGCGACGUGGACGCAACGCGGCCUGCGAAGCGCAGGAAGGUCGCCGGGGAAAAAUGCCCCAUCUGCUACGAGGUGUUCGAGAGGGUCGUGGCGGCGUGGCCCGGGUGCUCCCACGUCUUCCAUAGCAGGUGCCUGGAGCAGCUCCUUGUGACGGUGAAGCAAUGCUGCCCUCUGUGCAGGAGUGAAAACCCCCCACUAGAGUAAACACUGCCUCCCUUUUGGACAGCUUAUGGCAACAAAAAAAAAACGCUUAUGGCCUCCAAACGGUGCGCUUAUGCCCUCCUUCUCUCAGGCUCGAUUCUCCCACCUGCCCCCGAUUGCCCUAGAACGCAGAAAAGGGUAAAGAAAAAAAAAAGGUUUGGUUGGAUGCGGGUCUACUCCACGAGGAGCCGUACGGACGUAGAUGAUAUCAUCACGACCUCUCUUUGCGUACUGCUAGGGAUGCUUAACUAGAGUAAUCUUGUUCUUCAGAGUGAUGGUCAUGGAAUGGAUCGUGUCUGUCCUGCUUAGGAUUGUGGAUCAGUUGAGCUUCUAUGUGUGGACAAAACCUGUAAGGGUAGAGUUUGGUUUGUUUUGGUUCUAACUUUAUCCAAUUAAAUAGACCAGAUUA